AAUUUACUCUCUCUCUCACAUCACGCAGGGCACACUAGAAUUUAAUUUCCAUGUUUCCAUUUCUCUCUCUACAACCCUCUCUCUAAGCCUCUCUCCCCAUGAUUACAGAAGAGUCCUUAAUCACCAUUUGAGAGCAAACCUUUCGUUGCUUCCUCUCUAUUUUCUCUCUACUUCCACUUGUCGCUUUAUGUGUUGCUUUGAUUGUUCUUGUUUGUGAGUGAAGUAGCGGCUAUGUAUCAUUCGACGUCCUCGAAUGUUUGCUUCAAUCCGGAUUGUGCAGAGUCGAAAUCAGAGCGGCCGAGGAAGGGAUGGCGGCUCCGCACCGGAGAGUAUGCGGAGCUUUGCGAUCGAUGCUGUUCUGCUUUUGAGGAGGGAAAAUACUGUGAUAUUUUCCACAUUAAUGCAGCUGGUUGGAAAUGUUGUGAAUCCUGUGGUAAGGGUGUUCAUUGCGGAUGCAUAGUCUCAGCCCACGCAUUUACAUUGCUGGACGCUACUGGAAUAGAGUGCAUUGCAUGUACAAGGAAAAAUGCAAUGCUGGCUUCCAAUCAUACAUGGUCUCCAUCUUUGUUUUAUCAUGCACCUUUGCAUGAAAGAUUUAAGGAUAUUUCUAUCAAAAAUCGGAAUCAUUUGGCUGGGUCAGGUCCUGUGCCAUGGCGGCAAGCCCCCUCUUUGUUCCAUUCCCCUAUUUCUCAGCCUGAAGUGCAUCCAAGGAUGCCCUAUGAAGUAGACAGACUGAAUGCUGGUGACAGAUUAUCUGUUUCUUCCUUGGAAAAGAGAAAGGUUGAUGAUUUUUCUCAAAGAUUUAGGAAUGGCAGCCUGAAGCUUGGUGCACUGGAUGUGCCUGAGAAUGGGAAAGCAGGAACUAAUUAUGAGGAGCAACAUAAUUCAUCUAUAACAUUGUCACAUCAGUCUUCUUCUUUGAGGGAUGAUUCAUCUACUCCACAAUUCGGCUUGCAUUUACCUUGUUCAUCUCCAAAAGAAACAAAUGGUCAUGUCAGAGAAUCUGGGAUUCAUUUGCAGGCAACCCCUCCUCCUCCCCUGGCAAAGCAAUUUCAUGGUAAUUUGCAUAAUGGAGUUGAUUCAGCUGGUGAAACUCAAAGUCGCAAUGGGAAACCUCGAGCAGAUGGCCGUGGGAGGAGUCAGUUACUCUCUCGGUACUGGCCUAGAUUUACUGAUCAAGAGCUGCAGCAGAUCUCUGGGAAUACAAAUGCUAUAAUCACUCCUUUGUUUGAGAAGAUGUUAAGCGCAAGUGAUGCUGGGCGAAUUGGGAGGUUGGUGCUACCUAAAAAAUGUGCAGAGGCUUACUUUCCACCAAUCUCUCAGCCUGAAGGUUUACCUCUUAAGGUCCAGGAUUCUAAAGGCAAAGAAUGGAUAUUUCAGUUUCGCUUCUGGCCCAAUAAUAAUAGCAGAAUGUAUGUCUUGGAGGGGGUUACUCCUUGCAUACAGAGCAUGCAACUGCAAGCUGGAGACAUAGUAACAUUUAGUCGAUUGGAGCCAGAAGGAAAGUUGUUCAUGGGAUUCAGAAAAGCUUCAACUGCUGCUCCAGCUGAUCAGGACAGUGAAACAAGCAAGACCGGCAAUGGAGCGCCUAUGCUUGGAGAUGUUGAAUUUGCAGAUCCUAGUACAUGGUCUAAAGUUGACAAGUCAGGUUACAUUGCAAAAGAAGCUCUAGGAGCCAAAUCUUCAAUCCCUAGAAAGAGAAAGAACAGCACAUUGGGAUCAAAGAGUAAGCGUCUACGAAUUGAAAAUGAGGACCUAAUAGAGUUGAAGCUGACAUGGGAAGAAGCACAAGGAUUGCUACGCCCACCUCUGAACAACUCUCCCAGUGUCGUCGUGAUCGAAGGCUUUGAGUUUGAAGAAUAUGAGGAUGCUCCAGUUCUUGGGAGGCCAACAAUUUUUGCAACUAAUGAUGCAGGUGAAAAGGUGCAAUGGGUUCAAUGUGAAGAUUGUUCCAAGUGGCGCAGAUUGCCUGGAAAUGCUGUUCUUCCAUCCAAGUGGACCUGUUCUGAUAACACAGAUCCAGAAAGAUCAUCUUGUUCAGCAGCACAAGAGUUGACUACUGACCAGCUUGAAGAUCUUCUACCUCCCUGUAAUUUAGCUACUUCUAAGAAAAUGAAGGCUGCUAAACAGGAACCAGACAAUAUCGAACCUCUGGAGGGGCUUGACACUCUAGCCAACCUAGCUAUUUUAGGAGAAGGAGAGGAGCCACUGGCAUCAUCGCAGGCCACAACGAAGCACCCCCGCCAUAGACCUGGCUGCUCUUGCAUUGUGUGCAUUCAGCCGCCUAGUGGUAAGGGCCCCAAGCACAAGCAAACAUGCACAUGUAACGUCUGCCUGACAGUAAAGCGCCGCUUCCGCACCCUAAUGUUGCGGCGCGAGAAGAAACAAUCAGAGAGAGAAGCAGAAACAACACGGAAGAAGCAGCAAGAGAGCAAUCUUCCAUUGUCUGAGAAAUCUUGUGAUGAUGACAUUCUACCUUGUAAUAACACAGCAAGUAGCAGCUCGGAACAGAAAAAGGUGGUUAGUGACGGUUCUGAUGAUGAUCCUAACAAAAACAAAUCGUCCACGUCACCUUUUAAAGGCCAAAUUGACCUGAAUAUCCAGCCAGAGCGAGAGGAAGAGCUAUCACCUGGUUCGGAUUCAUGCAGCAUGAUGAGGUUGCUCCAAGAUGCAACUGAGAGGUAUUUAAAGCAGAGGUUGUCAAGCUCCAGCGGUGACAAGAAGUCGGCGGGCAAUCAGACCCCCCCUGGUGGAGGUGCUGGAGGAACAGGAGAAAAAGCCAGUAACAACACGACGCCUGACAGUCACCAUGAAGUCGAUAAAGACCAUUCUGUGCCUUCGUCCAUGAAAGCACCUGCUUUCGCUCCAUCGACAGAAUAGGUUAAUGUUCUCCAUCGUGCAAUUACAAUGUGGGAAUUCUGUUUUGGGGACAGUUUUUGUUGUAUGCUUGUCCGCAUCGGUAUUUACCUUAUACAGCUCUGUAUAUAGGAAAGAGGAGGCAGUAAAAAGGUUAGGAAGCAAUAGCGUUGUUAAUUACUGAUGUAUCAUUGUCGUCAUCCUCAUCGUAAUUUAUGUGGACGCUGAUAAAGGAAAUGAUGCAUACAAAUGGAACUUGGUGGGUGGUAGGCUGAAGUCAUCUAUACUUCUCUUUAAAAAAUUUUAAAAUUAGACUUUCUUAAAUGAAAAUUUGUUUUUAUUA